AUGCAGCCCGCCUCCUGGGUGAUUCAGCGCCGCCUCCGCCUCCACCCCGCGCGCCCCCGCCCGCUGCAGCCCGCCCCUGCACGCGCCCCCUCUCCACGCGAGCCCACCCGUGCAGAUGAGGCGCAGCACACGCCCAGCUCCUCCCACCACCACGCUGAGAGCCCUCACCAGCAGCAGCAGCAGCGGGGGGGGUCGCCUGGGAAGGGAGGGGCAGGGCUGCUGGCAACGCCAGGGGGGCUGUUGCCGUCGCCAUCCAUCUCGCCCUCCCUGCUGGGUGCCCCUCCUGCCGCCACGCCCCCCUCCCUGCUCCACUCCCUGCUCCCCCUGCCGCCCCCUGCUGCCCCCUCUGCGCUGCCCACCACCCCCGGCACAGCAGCAGCCAGCUGGGCGAGCCUGGGUGUGAGCAGACCUGCCUUCAGCAGCAGUCAACAGCUCGCUGCCACUGCCGCAGAGCAUGCCGUGUCAGCGGCUGGUGGUGUUGUGGCAGCAGGACCAGGGGUUGUGGGUGGCGCUUCUGCUUUGCCGCCAGCAAGCAUGGGACCGGAAGGCAGUGAGGAGAGGGGGCGAGGGGUGGGGCUGAGGGGGGAGGACUGGGAGGGAGGGGCAGUGAAGGCAAAGCCGCGGGUGAAGGUGGUGAUCAAUGAGUGGGGCGUGGUCAUUCCCCCGCACGCCCUGCUGCCUGCCAUCAAGCGCCGCAAGCUGGACGGUCCCCUUCCUGCUGCUGCUUCACCCGCACAGGGUGGUGGCACCAUAACAAGUGGCAGGGGAGGGGCGGGAGCAGGUGAGACGGCAGAGGGGUCCCCACCUGCCUGUGUAGCAGCAUCCUCAGCAGCGGCGGCAGCAGCAGCAGACAGGGUGGGGUUGCCUGUGGGUGUGUUGGCGGCACUGGAAAGAGUGGUGGUGCCCCGCGUGGCUGUGGCACUGCUGUCCGUGCUCCCGUGCCCCACUGCAGCUGCUCCUCCCAGUCUCACACCCAUGCCCUGUGCACCUCUCCCCGCCCACCACCGCACAGCCUGGUUUCUCCCCCCUGCCCGCCUCGCCAGCCCCGCUCUCCCCCUGGCCUGUGAUGCUGCUGACGCGGGCAGCACGGGAGCGGGGUGUGCUGUGAGCGUGCGCUGUGACAUGCCUCUCUCGCUGCUGCCCGCCUCACAUGCAUGGCAGCCCCUUGCUGCCGCCCAGGGGGGCUCCGUGCCGCCUGCUGCUCCUCCCCUCGCCCUCUCGCCCCCUCCACAACGGGACCAGCAGGCAGGGCAUGGGGAGAAGGGGGAGCAGCAGGGGGGGCAUGGGGAGAAGGGGGAGCAGCAGGGCGACAAGAAGGAUGGCUGGCAGUGGCGCAUGCAGCUGGAGGGCGGCGGGCAGCUGGCAGGGCUGAUGCGGCAUGGUGGUGGUGGAGUGAAGGGGGUGAAGCCAGAAGGGGAGGAGCAAGAGGGGGUGGGGGAUGGAGAAGAGCAACAGGCAGGUGCAGGGAGAGGGGUUCCCAGUGCUGCUGCUACUGCUGCCAGUGGUGCUGCCACAACCAUCACAGUGCGGCUGCCACCUCCCCCUUUGCCCCUGCACGCCCUUGCCCAGCCACCCUUCCCCUCGCCCAAGAAGGAGCGCACUCAGCGCACCGUGCCCAGGCGCCUCCUCUCCUUCCCCCCUCUCGCCCUCCCUGCCUUUCCUGCCCUCCCUGCCCCUCUAGCCGCCGCCACUCCACGCUCCCCUCGCUCCACUGCACCCCCCAGCGCGUUCCACAAGCCCUCUUCCUCAGGCAGGCGGGCAGGCGGCAGCAGUGGGGAGGGCGCGGAGGCCAGGCCGAGUGCGGGCAGUGGGGAGGGAGAGGCUGGUGGUGUGGCAGGGGAGGUGGGAGGGCAGAAGGUCGAGGGAGGUGUGAAAGACCAAGUAGAGGUGGACGCGGGUGCUGCUGAUGCUGGUUCUGCUGGUGAUGGUGCCAGUGCUGGUGCUCGCAAUGGGGUUGGGGUUGGCAGCAGUGGUCAGCAGAGGGCGAGGGAGAGGCAGGUGGAGGGAGAGAAGACCGGAGCAGAUGUUGAGAAGGCCGAGGUGGGGGGAAGGGACGGUGCAAAGGCUGCAGGGUAUGUGGGGAAGCGGGAGAGGGGGGAGCAAGAAGAAGGUGACAGAAAGAGACAGCGGAGGGAAAGAGCAGAUGGAGAGGUGGGAGUGGGGGAAGGAGGAAAAGGCAGAGCAGGGAGAGAGGAGGGGGGAGAGGAGGCAUAUGAGGCGGAGGGGAAAGGUGGAGAUGGGAAGAGGGCAUUGGAAGGUGAUGGGAGGAGGGGAGGGGCAGUGAAAAGAGGCGGGGGGAAGGGCAGAGGAAGAAAGAGAGGGGCGGCGAGUGGGGGUCCAGGCGAGCGAGAUAGGACGGCGCAGCAGGGGGAGAAGCAGAGGAGCAUGCAGCAGCAGCGCGACAGGCGGGGGCGAUGGAGGCACGGGGGCAAGCGCGGUGGCCUGAAAGGGGGAGGGGGGAGGAGAGCGGGGCGGACAGAGGACAAGCAGGACGGUGCAGUGAGGGUGAGCGGGGCUGAUGCCAAAGAGAGGGGGGGAGAAAGGGUGCAAGAGAAUGAAGAGCAGAAGCAGGUGAAGGAGGGUGCAAGGGAAGGUGGUGCAAGGCAGAGGGAGGCGCAGGCGAGUGAGAGGAAACGAGGUGGCGGCAGGGGAGGAGGUGGUUCGGCACUGUCGAGGUGCCGCGAGGGGCAGGUGGGAGCCGUGGGUGCAACUGGUGGGGCGAAGAGCAGCGGUGGUAAGCAGGAGACGGACGCGCUGUGGUCUGGUGGUAGCAGUGAGGGCAUGCACGGGCGAGGGGGGAGAGGUGGGGGUGGUGGGAGUGAGGGCGACGAGGAGAGUGCAAGUGAGAGUGAGAGUGACAGCUUCUCGAGCCUAUUUCGAGAGGAGGAGAGUGAGGAGGAGAGUGGGGGCCAGGGCGGUGGUGAGGACAUAGAGGUGGACGGACCAAACCUGGAGGCGCACGCGGCAGGAGCGGGUGGAGCAGAGAGGAGCACGUCGCGGGAUGGCAGUAGUGGUGCUGGCAGUGGUGGUGGCAAUGACACAGGCAUGGAAGGCUGGAGGCAUGGCGACAGAGGGAGGGGAGGGGGGCAUGGAGGCGAGCAGGAGGGAGGGGGAGGGGCGAGCAGGGCGGGGCAGGCAGGCAGUGCGUGUCUGGCCACCAGCAGCCCUGCCUCCGCUGCCACACCCCUGCCACACCUCGCUGCCAGCCCCCACCUCCACUGCACCACAUACGUCACAGCCAGCCCUCACCUGCUCGCCAGCCCGUACCUCAACGCCAGCCCGCGCUUCACGAGCCCGUACCUACCGUACAGCCCCGGCAUGGGCGGCAGCCCUGUUGGCAGCACCACCUUCUCCCCGCGCCCGCUGCUUGAAGCGCCGCUGUCGGCGUGUGGCUCGCCCGCUGUGGUGCUGGCGAGCGAGGAGGGCGCGGAGGAGAAGGGUGGGGAGCAGCGGCGCGGAGAGGAGAGGGGCAAGCGGCGGGAGAGGACGCGCAUGGUGAAGGACCUUGGCGGUGCGGCUGUGGCUGUGGGCGCCCACGCCCACGCCCACGCACUGGAAGGCGUUGCUGCCCCCGCUGCAGGUGCUGCCUCCGCUGCUGCUUCUGCUGCUGCCGGUGCGCCUUGCCAAGAUGCUUCUGACGACCCAAGCAGAGGGUGCUCGCCUCUUGCCCCUCCUGCUGUUGCUGCUGCUGGCAGCAGUGGUGGCACGGUUGGGAGUGGUGACUUGGGAGGUGGAAUGCUGGGGAGCGGUGACAAGGGUGGGGGAACAGGUGUGAGUGGUGACUUGGGUGGUGGUGGUGGUGGUAGUAGUAGUAGGGAGUUGAAAGUGGUCAAGAGAGGUGCAGGGAAGAGAGGGCGCGAGAUGGAGGAGGAAGGCGAUGCGGAGGAGGGCGAUGGGGAGCGUGCGGAUGGCAGGAAGGGGGGAUCAGCGGGCGAGCUUUGGGGGUUGAAGCGCCAGCGGUCGAGGAGAGGAGGCAGGCCCGUGGUGGCUGGCAGCGGGGGAGCGGAGGAAGCGAGGGGCGCAGCAGAGGGAGGGGAGGUGAGGGCAGGAGGUGCGAUGGAGGGAGUUGUGAGAGGCGUGGAGCAGCGUGUAGGCUCGUGA